AUGACCCGCACUGGGGCUCGCUUGAAUUUUGAGCCGGCGCUAGUAGCGCCAGGAUGCGGGCGAGGACGAAUCAGGAGGGCAGAAGUGCGGGAUGGUGGACACUUUGAAGAGACCGGCUGGGCGGGUGGACACAGAACGCAGCAGCACGAAUUGGAAGUCAACAAUCAACAGCGCAUCUUGAAAUUGUCAGCUAUCUCGUCCGAUCUUGUCUGGCCCUCCCCAACAGGCCCUGACCCUAACCCUAACCCCCAUCCGGCCCAGCAGUGGAAGCCAGGCUCGCUUUUCCAAACCCAGAUUCGACACUUGAUGCGACCAUGCUCGGCUGGCCUGUGUCACGACAUCUUGGACCCGGGACCCUGGGACGAGCACAGGAAGUGUGGCCCCGAGCAGCCGAACCCAGGAUCCCAGGAGUCAGCCUGCUGGAAGGCCACUGGCCACUGGCCAGAUAUCUUGGAAACGUGGUUGAUGGGAGAGGACGUCUCACAUUUUCGACCUGUCUGUAAUUUAUUUUAUGCUUUUCCCCGUACCCGGUUGAUACGCAGUCUGCUUCAGUCCUCCAGUCCUCCAGUCCUCCACCUCCUUGUCAUGGGCGAUAUAUAUGGAACGGAUGAUAGCAACAAACAACAACUGCUGCUUGCUGCUCCUGCUGCUACUCCAACGUCAAUAACGGCAGGUUUGAAAGAGAACAAGAUCCGACUCGCUAUUUUGGGAUACCCUGUUUGA